CGAGCUCAGUGAAGAGCCAUUUUAAUUUUCGUCCACAAAUUGCCGUUGGAAUUCAACGUCAAACAUGGCGGACGGCCAACGGAAAUCGUCGAACCAAUACAGUAAGGACGAUGAAGACAAAAACAGAACAUGGGUGUGGGUCGUAACACUCGUGCUUCUUUUUGGUAUGUUUUGUGGUAUUUUGAUACCGUUCGUUUUAGAGUAUUCAGCGCCAUAUUUCUCAUGGCGAUGGGAAGACCCUGUAUGUCCCGUUAUGAUGGAAGAGGAGAAAAUCGACUGCUACCCUGAGGAUCCCACACCAAACUGGUAUAAGUGUCUUAAGAGAGGAUGCUGCUGGAGACAGUCGACGACCCGAGCGCCAUCGUGUUUUAUGGCGCUUAACACUGGCUAUAACCUCGAAGGAGAACCUCGAAAAACUGUUUCUGGAUACCAGUUUGAUUUGUUCAGAAGAAUUACGCCUAGGGUAUACGGCGGUGAAAUAUGGCGGCUGCGUUUGGACAUCGAGAUGCAGACCAACGAAAGACUACGCGUGAAGUUCUACGAUCCCGGAUGGAAGCGAUACGAACCACCCAUUACUUUGCCCCUCACCACAACUAUCGCCCAGUUCCCUGUAUAUGCCGUAGACUACACCAAGGAACCGUUCACACUGCAGAUCAAAAGAAGGGUUACGGAUCAAGUAGUUUUCAACACGUCACUCGGUGGGUUCUACUUCGCUGAUCAAUACAUCACGAUGUCUGCCAGAUUACCUUCCGAAAACAUCUACGGUUUGGGAGAACACAGACACGACAACUUCCAGCACAUGUUAGACAAAACACAGAAGAAUCUCGACACAUGGCAUGUAUGGGCCAUGUUCGCAAGGAAUGCAUUUCCUGAUGAUCUAGGACAGAAUUUAUACGGACAAUUCCCGUACUACAUGGUGGUGGAAAACGACGGUAAUGCACACGGCGUUCUACUGGUGAACAGUAAUGCAAUGGAGGCAACGUUGACACCACUUCCAUCAAUAACAUAUCGGACCACGGGAGGGGUUCUGGACUUCUGGUUUUUCUUUGGACCAACUCCGGAAAAUGUUGCUGAACAAUAUGGAGUGGUAAAUGUUCUAUAUACAGAUGCCCAGUUUGCUGACAAUGACUACUUAGAUCAGCAUCUGGAAUUCACCUUGGCAUCACAAUUUUCCAACUUAAACGAUUAUGUUGAAAACAUUCUCCAUCGAUACGGCUACCACGCCGUCCUUGUUUUCAACCCAGGUAUAGCUGUAGAUGCCUAUAUCCAAUAUGAACCCUACCAAGAAGGAAUACGAUUGAACGCUUUUAUCACGAGACCCGACAACGAGACUGUGUUAGAAGGAGAGUCUUGGCCUGGAUGGGUGGCUUAUCCUGACUUUGACAGUUCAGCUGGCCAGGCAUUUUAUAAAGAUGAAGUCAAAAAGUUUUACAGUCUUGUUAAGUUUGAUGGCAUGUGGCUGAAAUCAAACGAACCAGACAACUUCCGUCAUGGCGCUCGAUAUUCCUGUUGGAGAAACGAUUGGAACUAUCCUGUGUAUGUACCUCGAUAUAUGCACGACCGUCGAAUGUGGGACAGAACAAUAUGUAUGGAUUCAACACAGUCAAGCGAUCGACAUUAUAACUUGCAUAGCAUGUAUGGGCAUCAGAUGGCAGUGACAGCGCACGAUGCAUACCGUGACGCUGAACCAGGAAAACGUGGUAUUAUUAUAACCAGAUCAGCCUUCCCUGGAACCGGAGCGUAUGCUGGCCAUUGGCUAGGAGACAAUAUGGCUACAUGGGCGGACUUGCACCACUCACUCAUCGGCGUAUUGGAGUUCGGACUGUUUGGUAUUCCAUACGUUGGUGCGAAUAUCUGUGGAUAUUUUGGGGAGGCAUACGAACAGAUGUGUCUUCGUUGGCAUCAACUUGGAAUGUUUUAUCCAUUUGCUAGAAAUCACAACGUGCGCGACGAACUGGACCAAGAUCCUAUGGCUGAUCGAUUCAGUCUCGACUUCCGUAUAGCUGUUAAGAAAGCCAUCGAGACGCGUUAUAUUUUCCUGCCUUAUCUGUACACGCUUUUCCAUCAUGCUCAUGUUAAUGGUUCAACUGUUAUUAGGUCUCUAGUUGGGCAAUUUCCAAAUGACCCCAACACAUGGGAUAUUGAUCGUCAACUCAUGUGGGGAGAUGCAAUUAUGGCCGCCCCUGUCCUUGAUGUUGACACAGUUAAAGUGAAUGCUUACUUUCCAGACGUUCGUUGGUACGAUUAUUGGACCGGCUUCCCACUUGCUAGGACAAGUCAGAGACGUUAUGUCAGCGUUGAUGCGCCCUUUGACCAUAUACCCAUCUACAUCAAGGGAGGCACAGUAAUACCAACGCAGUGGUUCUCACAGAGCACAGUCUAUGCUCGCUACAUGGGCAUGGGUCUCAUCAUAGCUUUACCAGAUUACGAUUACAGCAACGGCAUGGCCAUUGGGGAUCUCUUCUGGGAUGAUGGCGAGUCGAGAAACACUUAUGAAUAUCAGAACGAUAUAUUCGCAAGAAUUGAAGCAACAGAGGAUCGUAUUUCAUAUGUGGCUGACAGGCGGGGUUAUGACGACCCCUACCUACCUAUCAUACAGAACAUUACCAUGUUAGGUGUAAGAAAAGAUGUAUGGCAGGUGUUCGUCGACCAUCAACAGUUGCAACCUUGGCAAGUUGAACUCACAGAUACUCUUUACAAUCUGAAGACUAUGGUGUUGUAUAAUAUUGAUAUCGCCAUUAACGAAGAUCACGAUAUUGAUAUCCGUUACAUCUAAAUUCAUGAGUUUUCAUGUUCAGAAUGUGUUUUUUUUAUAAUUGCCUUACCAGUUGCCUCGUUCAAAUCAUGAAUACACGAGACUUGUUUUAUUGUACCCGAGCCUGAGCCCAGCCGUGAAUAAGUUACAUACGUCCGUGUUGUGCUUAUCUUGUAAUAUCAUGCUAAUUCUCUGGCUUAAAUGUGUAGAAAUAGAUAUUUUGUAUUAAAUAACUGAUUUAGUUUGUUAUUGCUUAGUUUAUAUUUCACUUUCGAAACACAAAGCAAGAAUCAUGAUUUCUUUGUCAAUCAAAUCAUCAAGUUUAAAGUGAUUAAUUUUUUUUUAAAAAGGCAGAACUUAUUUGGAAUUCGAUAGUGAUUAUUACGUGAUAUUUUUUUGUUGUUUUUGAAGCUUUACAUUGAAACACAGUUAUCUUUCAUCCGAUUGGAUGCAACUAGUUUAACUUUCUUCUAUUUGAGGGUAGAUAUUUGCCGAGGAUUUUGUAAAUUACCUCGCCGUUUUCUCAUUUUGUAAAUCUAAAGUCAUUGAUGAAAUGAUCAUACACGAAGAGAACAAUAAUACUGUUUGUAUACCCAAUAAUACACAAGGUACAUAUGGAGAAUUUUAAAGAAGUCUUACACAGGUGUUGAUUGGGUGAUGGUUUUGAAGAAAUAAUUUACUCAUAUCUCAGAAUUAUAUUUUAGGUAGUUUUGAAUAUAUAGUAACAUACAUUUUAUUGGAUUUUUUCCUACUGAUUUUCAUCUAUUAACAAUUAAACCAAAUUCUUACCACA